AUGACUCGUCAUGGUAAAAAUGCUACAGCAUCAGCGGUAUAUUCAUAUUCAGAAAGACGAAAAGAUGCUAAAGAAUCUGGUUAUGGUACUUUGCAUCAAAGAUUAGGUGCUGAUUCAGUUAAGGAAUUCGAUUGUUGUUCUAUCACUUUGCAACCUUGUCGUGAUCCGGUAAUAUCACCAUAUGGAUACGUAUUCGACAGGGAAGCUGUCUUGGAAUAUUACCUAGAACAGAAGAAGGAAAAUACACGAAAAUUAAAGGAGUGGGAGAAACAGUGUAAAAAGGAAGAAGAAGAAGCAGAAAAAGAAAAGCAUCUGGAUGAAGAGCUAAAAUUGAAAAAAUUCAAAGAAGCAGAAGGUACACCAGCACAUCCAGGAAUAAAACGAGAUGUGGACACCAAGUGGCCCACCACUUCUGCUGGUGCUACGCCUUCUGGAUCUAGGAUCAAUAAACGUAAAAUACUUGAAAGUGAUCGAUUGAGUAGUAAACGAUUGAAAGAGGAUGAAAUUUCAAAUGUGGCAGGCGAGAAGGCAAAAGAAUAUCCGAGUUUUUGGAUUCCACAAUUAAAUCCAACUGUCGAAGUCAAAAUUGAAAAACCGGAACAACGUGUUUUUUGUCCGCUAUCUGGCAAACCCCUGAAAAUCAAGGAAUUGAUGCCGGUAAAAUUUACCGUAGUGCCUGAUGAUAAUGGUACUAAAAGUUUAAUGGCUCGAAAAGUGCGGUAUAUGUGUCCUAUUACGCAUGAUGCACUCACAAAUACAACCCGAUGCGCAUACUUGAAAACAAGCCAGAGUGUUGUUACGAUGGAUUGCGUUGAAAAAAUAAUUAGGAAAGAUAUGAUAGAUCCAUUGAAUGGAAAGCCAAUGAAGAAUGACGAUAUAAUCGAAUUACAGAGAGGUGGUACAGGAUUUGCCUCUACCAAUGAAGUGGAGGCGAAGUUGGUACGACCUCAGUUGGAAUUGCAGUGA